AUGCAUUCAAGAAAAGCUGAAAACGCAAGCUUAGGGUCCAAACAUCAAGAUGUGGAGGAAAAGAAUAAACAUUUCAAGUUCAAGAAACGUUCUUUACCAAGCAAGUUGGAUAUAUACUGGAGGUAUUUGUUUAUGAUUCUUGUAUUAUGGCUUCUGCUGAUUCAGUAUUAUGAACGUACAGUGGUAAAACGAGCCAUGAAAAAGUGUGAAUGGGAUAAAUGGGAAGAUUGGAGUAAGUCUAGCAGCACCAGUAGUGCGCACAGAGUUGGCCUCUUUGCAGAUCCCCAGAUUAUGGAUGCUUAUUCCUAUCCUUCCAGACCUGCCCUAGUUAAUUGGUUUACAAGCCAAAUAUUAGAUAACUACCAUGCCAGAAACUGGAAAUUCUUCCAUUACUACUUGAAACCAGAUACUGUUUUCUUUUUAGGAGACCUAUUCGAUGGAGGAAGAAAUUGGGAAACGCAUGAAUGGAUGGCUGAGUAUGAAAGAUUCAACUCGAUAUUUCCUAAGAAGCCAGGACAUCUUACUGUCACAUCUUUACCAGGAAACCACGAUAUAGGUUUCGGAAACACUAUAAUAGAAUCCAGUUUAAAAAGAUUUACGGCCUUCUUUGGCGACCCAAACUCCCAAUGGACCGUCGGAAAUCACACCUUUGUUCUUUUGGAUACAAUUUCUCUUUCUGAUAGACAAAAUGUCAAUAUUUCUUCAGUACCUAGAGAAUUUAUGCAGAAUUUCGCUGCAUCAUCUCCUAAAUACCCAAGGAUUCUAUUAACUCACGUGCCUUUGUACAGAGAUCCAAAUCAACAGCAAUGUGGAGAUAGAAGAGAAUCCAAAGAGCCCUUCCCCUUAAUGGUAGGUUUGCAGUACCAAACUGUGAUAGAUUCCGACUUAUCUCAAGAAGUUCUUUCUACAAUUCAACCCAAGAUGGUUUUUUCAGGUGAUGAUCAUGACUUUUGCCAUAUUAAACACUCAUAUACGGUCAAUCAUACUCCAAAGGUCGCGGAGGAAAUUACUGUUAAGUCAUGUGCAAUGAACAUGGGGAUUUCUAAACCUGCGAUCCAAUUGAUUUCUUUAUAUAACCCUGAAAAUGAUGGAAAGUCUCCCACUUUCAAGACAACUAUAUGUUACCUACCAAACCCAUUCAAACCUUUGAUAUGCUACGGAAUUUCUUUAGCGUUAUCGGCGGCAUUUAUUUUCUGGAUGACAAUAUUUCCCAUGUCAUUCAAUGACGUUAUAGUACGAAGAAUACCGGUAAAAGAUCUAGAUACAUCAUCGCUUCUUCCAAUUGCUACCAAAGGCAGAAACUUCCUAAACUUAGAAUCUCUUAGGAUCAAAGCUUCUCGAUGGAAAGUAUCGCAAGAACGCUCCGUUCCAAAUUUCGUGCUCAACAUGGGAGUACUAUUGUCCUCUCUAUUCUUUAUGUUUGCCAUGUUCUACAAAGGUAAAUAG